CAGCGCCGGCGCAUGUCAAAAUGCUUAAAUCUCAAUGUAAAUUACAGUCGAUUGUAUUGCAUUUGUAAUGGAUUUGUGACAUUCACGUGAUUCAGUGGUAGUAUGUAUUAAUUCAAUAAUAAUAAUAGCGGAUGUAAGAUUGUGUGUAGAAGCAUCAGUUUCAACAGCACUAAGGAGUGAUACAGCAUCUUCAGUGUACAACAUCCAACCAUCAGAGCAACAUGGCGGACAAAAGUGAUCUAAAAGCUGAACUGGAGCGCAAAAAACAAAGAUUAGCUCAAAUCAGGGAGGAGAAAAAGAGAAAGGAGGAAGAAAGAAAGAAAAAAGAGUCAGAAACACACCAGAAGACAGAGGCUGUUACUGAGGAUUCAGAUUUGGACCGUAAGCGCAGAGAGACUGAGGCCCUCCUUCAGAGUAUUGGAAUCUCCCCUGAGCCACCAUUAGUUCCAACACAGAUGUCCCCUUCAAUAUCCAUGAGCACACCGAGUGAGACGGGGAGUCAGGACUCUGUGGAGGGGGCCACUGUAGGCAGGACCCUGCAGUGGGACACUGACCCCUCUGUUCUCCAGCUGCAGGCCGAUUCCGAGCUCGGGCGCAAAAUGCAUAAGUUGGGGCCAUCAAAGAUAACCCAGGUGGAUUUCUUGCCCAGGGAGGUGGUUUCUUAUUCUAAAGAGACACAGACUCCUCUUGCAGCUCAUCAAUCUGAAGAAGAGGAAGAGGAGGAUGAAGAUAAUACAGAGCCCAAAGCAAGUCUGGAGUCUGACCAGAAAGAGGAUGAAAAGAGCACAGACGCUAAGGAAGGUAAGCAAGAAUGCCACCCGCGGGAGCUGACGGAGGAGGAAAAGCAGCAGGUCCUGCACUCCGAAGAGUUUGUGAUCUUUUUUGACCGCAGCAUUCGUGUGAUGGAGCGAGCUCUUGCUGAAGAAUCCAACAUCUUUUUUGACUACAGUGGCAGAGACCUUGACGAUAAAGAGGGAGACCUGCAGGGAGGGUCUAGUCUGUCCUUUAAUCGCCUGUUCUAUGAUGAGCGUUGGUCAAAGCAUCGAGUCAUCACCUGUAUGGACUGGUCCCCUCAGUACCCAGAACUGUUGGUGGCCUCCUAUAACAACAACGAGGAUGCCCCCCAUGAGCCAGAUGGUGUGGCCUUGGUGUGGAAUAUGAAAUUCAAAAAGAUGACACCAGAGUACAUCUACCACUGUCAGUCCCCUGUGGUGUCGGUGGGUUUUGCCCGCUUCCAUCCUAAUCUGCUGGUGGGUGGCACAUAUUCGGGACAGAUUGUGCUCUGGGACAACCGCAGCCACCGGAGGACCCCAGUCCAAAGAACGCCACUGUCUGCAGCAGCUCAUACUCAUCCAGUGUACUGUGUAAAUGUGGUGGGGACCCAGAAUGCCAAUAACUUGAUCACAGUGUCCACAGAUGGCAGAAUGUGUUCUUGGAGCUUGGACAUGCUUUCCCAACCACAGGAGAGCAUGGAACUGGUGUAUAAUAAGUCAAAACCAGUAGCUGUGACUGGGAUGGCUUUCCCCGCUGGAGACGUCAAUAAUUACGUGGUGGGCAGCGAAGAGGGAACUGUAUACACAGCAUCCAGGCAUGGGAGCAAAGCUGGUAUCUGUGAGAUGUUUGAGGGGCAUCAAGGACCGGUGACUGGCAUCAGCUGCCUCAGUGCUGUGGGCCCUGUCGACUUCUCCCAUCUGUUUCUCACCUCGUCUUUUGACUGGACUGUCAAGCUUUGGAGCACAAAGCAAAACAAACCACUGUACUCCUUUGAGGACAAUGCGGACUAUGUGUACGAUGUCAUGUGGUCUCCAGUGCAUCCCGCGCUAUUUGCCGCUGUGGAUGGAAUGGGCCGUCUCGAUCUGUGGAACCUUAACAAUGACACAGAGGUACCCACUGCCAGUGUCACAAUUGAGGGAGCUCCUGCUUUGAACAGGGUGCGCUGGGCCUCUGGAGGCAAGGAGGUGGCAGUGGGAGACUCAGAGGGUCGGGUCUGGAUCUAUGAUGUUGGAGAGCUGGCGUCUGCACACACUGAGGACUGGGCAUGUUUUGCCCGCACGCUGGUGGAGAUCCGCGCCAACAGGGCUGAUGGCGAGGAGGAGGGCGCUGUGGAAUUGGCAUCCUAGAAACCUAUCCUUAGGGUUACAAACCAACGCUGUCCUGCAGCUACAUUUUGCUCAACAUGUGCAUCAGUAUACUACUGUUUAUCUACAUUUGGUCCAAGGGUUUAUUUUAGAUGGUUCUGAUCAGAUACAGAAGAUACAAGGGUCAACCGAAACUCCUUGUUUUGUAUUUCAUUGUCUUUUUUAAUUUAGUUUUGCAGGGCCAAUCCAGAGAAAGAUGUUUGUCCUACUAGUGUGGUACCAAAACCAGUGUAACUUUCAUAAACUAAUUAGUCUUCUAAAGGUAGAUGUCAACGAAAUGGCAGUAAUUAAGACAGGCUGCAUUUCAAAGUACACCCUACCAUACUAAAAAUUAUAUCUAAUUGGAGCACAGCCAGCAAUAUAGCUAUAACGUAUAUAGCAUAUAAGAUGUGGAUUGAAAUGCAGCCAAAAAUACUUGCAUAUGCUGUAUAAACAAUGAUCACCCGUCAACCACACUUUGAAACACAUAUGAGUGUAAUGAAUCAAAUGCUAUGCCUAUUUCUAAAGUAGUUAUUUUAAAGAUUAAGGUUGUUAUUAAAGUUAGAAAUGCUUUGCUUGUGUUAUGGAUUACACUUAGCAAUGUGUUAAACAGGGUUGGCUUUUGGAAAAUCUGUGGUCUUAGUAGCACUUGUUCUCAUUGUUGUAUUGUAAAUCUGUUCGUUGUUCACUGCACAAUGUUUGCAAAGUCUUCUCCCAGAUGUAAUCUUGUUAAAGAUCAUGGCUGACCCUGUAAGACCAACUGUAAUUAAAUAACAGGCCAUUGUUAAACUAUUUAUCAAUAAAUGCUCACCUCCCAUCAUACAAAAAGCCAAGGCCUGGUAAAGGUAUUAGAUAAUGUAAACUGUUUAUAUGCUGCUGUAGGGGUUUUUAGUGAAGGCCAAAGAAGAUCUUUUGCCCCCUUUGAUAUUUACUAAGCUUGUGUGUGUGUGCGUGUGUAUGUAUUUUUAUGUAACUCCUGCAUGAAGUACAGUAAACACUAUAUAAGAGUUUUAUCUAUAUUGUGUUGACAGGAAGCUUAAUGCCAUGUGUGAGAUGUGCCCAGUGAUUUUAUGCACCAUUAUGCAUAAACUAAUAAAAUGCCACUUUUAUUUGCAAAA